ACUGAAUGGAUACGAUGUGUUGAAAUAGUGUGUGAAUUGAUGCUGUUGCCGCGUUAGUUUAUCAUAAAAUCGCCAAAAAAAGCUUGAGACAUUUUGAAUUUUCUAGCAAAAUAACAAGAAGUAUUUUCUUAUUCAAACGAUUGCAGCCGUUCUGUGACAAUCCGAACUACACGAUUUACUAUAGUAAAUUAUUCUGUAAAAUAGUGUAAAUUCAAAAACUUUGAAAAUGUUGGACGAAGCACAAUACGCAAGCGAUACUGAUGAAAGUGAUGAAGACUACAACCCGGGUGUUGAUGGUUCAGAUGUUGCCAGCGAAGUGGAAUCCGACGGUGAGCCAGAAAAUGAUGAUGAAAAAGAUGCAAAAUCAAAACGUGGCCAGAACAAGCGUCCAGCAGCUGAACUAACACCAGUCGCCACCAAAAGAACCAGACAAUCGGAAGAUGUGGUGUCCUCUUCAACGACAGAAAAAGAUGAACUCGUUGAUGAUGAUGAUGACGAGAAUGAGGAGGCGUUAUGGGCAAGUUUCUUGAGUAAAAGUGGACAGGCCACGGCGAAACCAGCGACAACACAAUCGAAGCCGAGCCAACCCAGCAAGACAGUUGCUUCGAAUGGAAGUUCAUCGAAGGCAGAGAAAGAAAGGGAGAAGCCAAAAGUUGAAACUCCAUCCUCUAGCACCGAAAAGACAAAGAUUGUGACCGAAAUAUUUGAAUUUGCUGGCGAGAAAGUCGAGGUUAAAAAAAAAGUAAAAGUAACGGAUGAAAAACCGGCCGCUUCAAAUGAAGCAGAUCCAAAGAAAACGACCGCUAAACCAGGACCAAAUCUACCAUUCAAUCGACCUCGUUCCAGCGGUGGCAGCGGUCUCUCUUCUGUCCUUGGACAAAUCGGCAAGACGAACAAAUUGAGCAUACUGGAGAAAACAAAAUUGGAUUGGGGCGGUUUCAAACAGUCCGAAGGCAUCGACGAAGAGAUACAAACAUUCAAUAAAGGUCGCGAUGGUUAUUUGGAACGACAAGAUUUUCUCCAGCGAACCGAUCUACGACAGUUUGAAAUCGAGAAAAAUCUACGAGCCGCCAAUCGCAAGAAACUUUGAAUGAACUUUUUCACAAUUUGUUUACAUUAAAAUACUUUUAUUAAUUUACCUACUAUCAAGAAUUUAACUUUAAGCAACUGAACAAAAUGCCCUUCUUUUUCUGUCUGUCUCUCACACACAUUAUUGAAAUAGAUCAGUAUUCUAAGACGCUACAUAAUUAUUCAGGCGUUAACCGAUUUCUUUAGUUUCAAUUGUAAUUGUCAUUGAAUAUUAAGCUUCUUCCCGACAAUAUAUAAAACAUAUGAAAUAAAAUUGGUGAAAUUAUGCUUCAAUGGUAUUUUUGAGAAAAACUAAAA